UACUUUAGUUCAAAGUAUCCCAGGUUGUUCGGAUAAAUGCUGUAGAGUUACUUAAAAAGGGUAAUUACUCACUGCAGUCCAGCGUGCUGGAAGAGGUAGACUCGAGAAGCAGAGACAGACCUAGCCUUGGGCAUAUUUGCACAAAGUGAUGAUUGGUUAGCUGAGUCUCUUAAACUGUUCCUGUCUUUCUGGAAAGAUUUUCACUGGUCUUAAAAUUUGGUCAAGCUAGGCGACCUCUAUUUCUUAUUUCAGAAACCCUUGAUUGAGAACCAAAAUUCUUUGCUUGGAAGGUAUUGGUGAUACUGGAAUGAGAACAGAGCUUGCAUCCAUAAGGCAUCUGGUUGAUAUUUAUGGUUAUUUACCGUGGUGACUGUCCCAUUGAGUGGAAAAUUGACCUAAAUGGAGAAAAAUAUGGGAAAAGGUAUGACAGGCCAGCGGAAAAAGUACGAACAAGUUCGCUACAAUUCCGUGGAAACUAGAAAUGAAGGACUUGGUUUGGCCAAUCAAAGUUAUUUCCAGGAUCCAUCGAGUUCUAUUAACACUAACGCGAGGCCACCUGAUUUUAAUAUACCAGCUGGAACUAGACCUGUGCUGAACUAUUCCAUGCAGACUGGUGAAGAAUUUGCUCUUGAAUUUAUUCGGGAAAGGGUGAAUCCACGGCAGCACUUCAUUCCAAAUACUCCUAGUGAGCCAAAUAGUACAACUUCUUAUACGGACCUAAAGGGCAUAUUGGACAUCUCUCAGACAGGUUCUGAAAGUGGAUCAGAUAUGUCCAUGGUUGUCUCUGGAGACAAUAAUCGUGUACAAGAUCAUGAAAGGAAAGGAUCUUCAGUGAAUGAAGAAAAAGCUGAUGAUGAGUCUGUGCAAUCAGUAACACGAACCUUAUCAAGAAAUGAUAAUAGUCUUGGAGCUCUUAGGUACACCUCUAUGGGAGCUGCUGGUGGGUCAUCAACAAAGUUGAAGUUCCUCUGCAGUUUUGGUGGUAGAAUUUUGCCCCGUCCCAGUGAUGGAAAGCUCAGGUAUGUUGGAGGUGAAACACGUAUUAUCCGGAUAAGCAAGGAUAUUUCCUUUCAGGAGCUAAUGCAGAAAACAUUGACAAUAUACAACCAGACUUGUAUGAUCAAAUAUCAGCUUCCUGGCGAGGAUCUUGAUGCGCUGGUGUCUGUCUCUUGUGACGAGGACCUACAAAAUAUGAUGGAGGAAUUUGAUCUACUUGAAGAUGCUAGAUCACAGAAACUCAGGUUGUUUCUCUUCUCUAACAAUGAUCUGGAUGAUUCUCAACUCGGCCUGGGGAGUGUGGAGGGUGAUUCUGAGAUUCAAUACGUAGUUGCGGUUAAUGGCAUGGACGUAGGAUCAACAAGGAACUCAAUUAACAUGGCUAGCAUUUCAGGGAACAAUUUAGAUGAGCUAUUCAGUUUAAGUGGUGAAAGGGAGACUGUUCGACAUCCAAUUGACACACCUGGGGCUGUUUUUGCACUUCCAACAGUUGGUAUGCCUUCCACAAAUCAAAUUUCUCAAACAGUGGUGCCAAGUUCAUCAUAUGAUUUGGAAUCCAAUCCACCAGGUUACCAGGGUCAGAUGGUGCAUCCUGGAGAUGCUGAAUGGUAUCCAUCAUCCACUAGCCACCCUGUUGGGAGCUUCCACGAUAUAAAUGGCAAAAGUACUAUUUUGACAUCUGUAUCAAACUAUGAUUAUAGUUUUCACCCGUCCACUAGUGCACCAGUUGUAGAAAAUGUAGUCCCCAAGCCUCUCCAUGGUCAUAUGACUCGGCAGGGAGACCUGGAUGAAGAGCAAAGACACAGUGGCCUGCAUGUGCAGGAUCCCGGAGUAUCAGUGAUGGAGGUGAAACUUAAGAGGGACAGCUCAAUCCACAAAAAGAAUGAUUUUAGCAAAGAUCAGUCUAUAGAAAAGGAAGUUCUAGUGAAGGAGGGAAAGAUGAAGAGAGAUUUAUCAAUUCCAAAAAUGAAUGAAUCUGAGAAAUUCAAGUCAUUAGAAAAUGAGUACAUUGUUUCUGUUGCCAGUUCUGCUGUAGACAUGGAAGCUCCUUUCUUGCCAACUAAAUUGAGUGUAAAGAACCAGGAACCUGUGAAGCAUUCAAUGCCUCCUGAAUCUUUGAAGGAAGAAAAAUUGAAUAAAAUAAAUGAAGAUGACCAUAUUUAUGCAUCUGGUGAUGCAUCUGCUGCGGGAUACGGCGACUCUGACGCUUAUCCCGAGGACUCUGGCAAUCCCGAACCACCAAUGCUUCCUCAGCGGUUUUUUCGUUCUGAACGAAUUCCUAGGGAGCAAGCCGGCCUUAACCGCCUGUCUAAAUCUGAUGAUUCUUCUGGUUCCCAGUUCUUGAUUAGUCAUGCACAUUCUGAUGUUUCACAGCAAAUCACAGAAGCAGUUGAUAAGUUGCGUGAUUUGAAUGUCGCUGCCCAGACAGACCGGUUUAUUUCUUCUGCUAAACCUGUGUCUACAAAUCUACAAACCGUUGAAGAUGGGCUAGGACAAUUUCAGAAGUCUAAAGAGAUAGCUGGUAAGAUCAAUGCGAACACCAAUAUUGAUGAUGGGGGUCUUGAGGCAAAGUUUCCGAAAUCUGAGCCAAAGCCUGCAGAACGUACUGUUGUGGAUGACCAUGAUAUGGUGCAGGUUGGGAGUACUUACAAAGAUAAAGAAACAUCGAGGUCAAAUCUUCCUGCUACAAGCCGAGUACUUUCUGGUAAACAUGAAGAUUCUGCUUCUAGGCCAAAAGAGAUUCAUUGGGAUGAGAAAUCUACAGCUGUUUCUCAGGGGAAGCCAUCUGUUGGUGUUGGCUCUCCAGAGCAUGGAGACAUCCUUAUUGAUAUCAAUGACCGUUUUCCGCAUGAUUUCCUUUCUGAUAUCUUUUCCAAAGCUAGAAUUUUGGAUGGGUCUGCUGGAAUUAGUCCACUGCACAGUGAUGGAACUGGCUUGAGCUUGAACAUGGAGAAUCAUGAACCUAACCAUUGGUCAUUCUUUCAAAAGUUGGCCCAGGAUUCUAUGAGAAAAGAUGUCUCCCUUAUGGAUCAGGAUCAUCUUGGUUUCUCACCUCCUAUAACAAAUAUCAAAGAAGGGGCUCCUGUGGAUUAUAGUUUUCCACCUUACAAGGCAGAUGGAGUUGCCCUGGAUCAUAUGGACUCCCGUGUUAGUUUUGAUUCCAGCACUCAGCAGCCGUCACUUGGUGUUGUUGAACCUAACACCAUGGAUCUGCAUUCAGAUUACAAUCCUUCUCAGACUUAUGACAAUCAAAGUGCACAGUUUGAUGGUCUGGUGAACCCAAGGAGACCUGAAUCUGGUUACGAGGAUGGGAAGCUAGAAGCUGAGAUUGGUCAACCUCUUGUCGAUCUUUCUCUGCGAGAUUUUGAUCCUAGUAGCUUGCAGAUCAUCAAGAAUGAAGAUCUUGAAGAGUUAAGGGAAUUGGGUUCUGGAACAUUUGGGACUGUUUACCAUGGAAAAUGGAGGGGAACAGAUGUCGCCAUCAAGCGAAUAAAGAAGAGCUGUUUCACUGGUCGCUCGUCAGAGCAAGAGAGACUGACUGUGGAGUUUUGGCAUGAAGCUGACAUUCUUUCAAAGCUUCACCAUCCCAAUGUGGUGGCAUUUUAUGGUGUGGUGCAGGAUGGACCAGGUGGAACGCUUGCCACGGUCACAGAGUACAUGGUGAACGGUUCUCUUAGACAUGUUUUGCUUAGCAAGGACAGGCAUCUUGAUCGUCGCAAGCGGCUCAUAAUUGCAAUGGAUGCAGCAUUUGGAAUGGAAUAUUUGCAUUCAAAGAAUAUUGUGCAUUUUGAUUUGAAAUGCGACAACCUGCUUGUGAACUUGAAAGAUCCUUUACAACCUAUUUGCAAGGUGGGCGAUUUUGGGUUGUCAAAAAUCAAAAGAAAUACGUUGGUUACUGGUGGUGUGAGGGGAACACUUCCAUGGAUGGCUCCGGAGUUAUUAAAUGGUAGCAGUAGUAAGGUUUCUGAAAAGGUUGAUGUGUUCUCCUUUGGCAUUGUCCUCUGGGAAAUUCUUACUGGUGAGGAGCCUUACGCGAAUAUGCAUUAUGGAGCAAUCAUAGGGGGUAUAGUGAACAAUACAUUGAGACCACCUGUCCCAAACUUCUGUGACCCUGACUGGAAAUUGCUAAUGGAGCAGUGUUGGGCCCCAGAUCCUGUGGUCCGCCCGUCAUUUGCUGAAAUUGCUGGACGGCUACGUGUGUUGUCUACUGCAGGCCCACCUAGACCACAUGGCUAUCCGGCACAGAACCAGGGAUCCAAGUGAUGCUGUUGCAUGUUCCUGUUUACAACCCUUCCAAAUUUGUUAUGAUUGGAUAUAACAAGUUGUAAAGGUACUUGCAUUAUGAGUGGGGAGAAGGAGCUCCCAUUUGAAUGUGACAUUGUUGUAUUCGCCUACUUUUUAUUGGAUUAAGUAUACAAGUGGGGUGAAUGAGCUCGCACCGAGUGUGAAAUUGUGGUGUUCCCGUGCUUAUUAUUGGCUAAGUGUAUAAUGUUUUUGCAAGAGUUGGAAGAGUGACAUCUAUUUAUGUGAACCUAUUGUUUGUAUCAUAAAAUGACUUUGUGCUAUUGUAAUGUAGUGGAGUUUUUCUGUCAGAAUUUGCAGUUGACAUCCAAUUUUAAAGCUGGAAUUUUUUGAUGUUUUUGAUCGAGUUCUGUUUGAGAGAUGCUGAGGUUGAUUCACUGGUUGCUCAACUGUCUGAUACAAUUGUUUGGACUGGGGGCUUUUGCAAUCAUCCUAGAGGUAACAAGCUUGAAGGUAUGCUGUGGUCCUUUAUCUCGAUUGCAGGGUCUGAGGAUUGCAGAUUGCGGGGUCUAUAAGAGGCAAAUGUAUAAAGAUUUAUAUCUGUGCGCUAAGAAAUUAUUUUUGUGAGUGGAACGUAUAACCCCUAUAUCACAACAAUGAAGCUAUCUUAGCUAAUUUCACUUCUCUUGUCUCUCUAUUGGUAAUAUCAUUCUUAAGUACCAUUCAUAGGACAUGGUGCAAGGGAAUUGUCCUCGGUGACGUCUGAUGUGUCUAACCUAUUACUAUACCAUA